AUGGAUCGGAUCGGCGAUCUCCAGCUUUCCCGAGUUGGUGCUGCUGCCUGGGGUGGUUGGCUCUCGUUGGCUCUCGUUGGCCACAACAUUUUCUUUUCCCCACAACCAAGACACUCCCAACUUAUCGGUGAGCCCGGAGCAUCGCCUUCCGUAUGCCUCGCCCGCUCAGCGACCAGUGACACCACCAAUAUGUUUUGGAAGCUACCGCGUGAAGUAUUCGACUUGAUCAUCGGCCAACUUCCACACAAUGACCUUGUUGCUUUAUCUGCCGCAUCCAAAACCCUACGCGCCGUCCUUUCCACCAUUAUCUGGAAGAAAAUCCGUGUCGAUGUGCAGAGUCGCGGUGCGAGCCUACACCAACCUAGGGUGGAUGGUGAAGCGGUGGCACGAUGCGCCGCAACCCUCCGCCAACCUUCGACAGCCCUUCGCGAGGCCACCCAGCUGGACCUGCAAUGCGGCUUUGCCAAUCGCCACUACUUGGGGACGCCAUGCCCCCAUCCUCUUCCCGGGAGUGGAGAAGACCAGGCAGGCCGCCCGCUCAUACAACUGACAGAAGCCCAGGAAAAACGUAGAGCAGCACACCGAGCAGAGCGAGAGGCUCAUUACAGGUCCGUGGUGGAAAAUGCACAAUUAAUCAUCGAGUCCCUGGAGAAAGGGCAGCUACAAGGGUUCAGCUGGGAUUUGGUGACCUGUGUGCCCCCUUCCAUCAUCAAGGCGUUGGCAGAACAUCAUCCGCAUAUCACCUCCCUCCGCUUAACUACAGACUGCAUGUGCCCCGGCCCCCCGGGAGCUGAGACCGGCGUUGUCGACUUGACCCCCUUCCGAUGCCUCAAGUGUAUCUCUUGGAAGGGCCUCCCACCAUACAACGCCCGCCAACUACGAGAAGCAAUCAGAGACAAUCAACACCACCUCGAGGAGCUGGAGCUAGAUCUCCACAAUAUAUAUCCCCCGCUACCUCCCAGCUCCGACCGUUGGUGGCAGAACCCUUCCCAGUUCUUCCCGGAAGAGGAGCGGUUCCGGGAUGACAUCCUGGCAAUGAGACCCUAUCGUUCGCUAGGGCCCGCUUUCCCCGCGCUUCGCGUCCUUCGUCUUCGAUUGACACCACUCGACCUUGGAAACACGAGAAGGACAUUGUGCCGCAUCAUCAAUUUCGCAGCGCUAGAGUCGCUUACCCUAUGGCAUUGCCGCGGCUGGGAAGGGUUCUUGGAGGUCGUUAGAGGGUCAAUGUCAGGGAAGUCUGUCAAACUCCGCACGCUCGAAGUUAAAUGUGACGAGCACAACAGCGGGCGCGGGAUUACAGCGAUUAGCAGCCUGCUCCUUUCCUGUAGGGGCCUUGUCGACCUGUUUGUGAGUGUUUCGAAUUCGGGGACAUGCGAAAAUCCGGGACCAAGCGUCUGGUACGCUCUUCAGCAUCUCCAAGACACCCUGAAACGGCUGGUCAUUCACUGGAGGGCUGAUUUCGGGUGUCGACCCCGUUAUGUUCGUGACUCCCACGUCUUGGGGCUUUCGAUGGCGCAACUUAGAUAUGAACCACUGGGAGGCUUGGGUCUGGAAUGCUUGGGCCUGUGCUGCGAUCCAGAGUUAUUGCCAAUGCUUCUUCGACCCUUCACGUUUAGGCCCAAGCUCAAGAUAUUUCACCUUCGACAAACUGGAGCUGAUCUCAACCGGGGCGAGGAUUGCCUCGCCUUGGACCUCCCCCGAGUUGACGAGCCUGGCUGCAGACCCAGGGAGCGCCACCGCGUAACAAGUUUACGGGCCUUGGAAUACGAUACGCUAGAAGACGCACUGCAAGACUCGUUCCGUGCUCUGCUUGAUUGGGCAUUUGGACCGAACGGAAUAGCCUCCCUGGAGGUGGUUGCGUUCGGCGACUUUGGCCAGGGGCGCAACAAGUUGUAUUUGCAUAACCUUUUCGUUUGCCGGACCAAGAGCGCUGAAGAGAACAAUGGCCUCCCGUACCGCGUGUUUGAUGCGCGGGAUCGGAAACAUGAACACAGGGUUCCCAAGUGGAAGAGUAUUGCAAGUGUACAGGCUGGCCUGCCCCAAGGCUCGCCCCUCUCCCCUAUCUUGUUCCUCUUUUUCAACGCGGAUCUGGUCCAGCGAAAGAUCGAUAGCAACGGUGGUGCAAUAGCCUUUGUCGAUGACUUUACCGCCUGGGUCACAGGACCGACGGCACAAAGCACACGCAAGGGCAUCGAAGCAAUCAUCGACCAAGCACUAGACUGGGAAAAGAGAAGCGGAGCGACAUUUGAAGCAGACAAGACAGCCGUCAUCCACUUUACCCGCAAGGCCUAUAAAGCCAACUCGGAGCCCUUUACGAUCAAGGGUCAAGAUGUUCAGCCGAAAGACCACGUUAAGAUCCUUGGAGUGGUCAUGGAUGCCAAGCUCAGGUAUAAGGAGCAUAUCGCAAGAGCGGCCUCCAAAGGGCUCAGCGCGGCGAUGGAGCUGAAACGGCUCAGUGGUCUAUCCCCGGCUACGGCGCGGCAGCUGUUCACCGCCAUGGUCGCGCCAGUGGUGGACUACGCAUCCAGCGUCUGGAUGCACCAAUGCAAUUGGAAGACCGUGCCGGCCAUACACAGGGUGCAGAGGGUCGCGGCGCAAGGGAUCAUAGGAACGUUCAGCACGGUAGCAACACGCGUAGCAGAAGCAGAAGCUCACAUCCCCACGGCUCAAGAUCGAUUCUGGAAGAGGGCGAUCAAGAUGUGGACGGACAUCCACACCCUACCAGAGACGAAUCCACUCCGCAACACCACUUCCCGGAUGCGCAAGUUCCGGAGAUCCUACCGCUCCCCUUUCUUUCAAGUAGCAGAUCUCCUCAAGGACGUCCCAUUGGACAGCCUCGAAACCAUCGCUCCCGUCGUAUUAGCGCCAUGGGAGAGGCGAGUCCGCACUACGGUUGACAGAACGGGCAUCCAGCAAAAAAAGACAGAGUGGGCGGUCCGGAUCGCCGUAAGCAGCUCCGCACGAAACAACAUGGUCGGGAUCGGAGGAGUCGUCCGUCUCCCGCUGCCGAUGCGAGAUGGCUCAAGGAACGAAGCCUUUAGUGUGACGCUGGGCUCCAGGUCGGAGCAAAACCCGUUCUCAGGCGAGCUUGCGGCUAUUGGGAUCCUGCCAUGCGGUCAACAGCCCUCCGUAUCGCAUGGGCAAAGCGGGCACCGCCCACGUCCUUACCUGACAAAGUGGGGCAGACAUUCCAAGAGAGUCGAUAUAGCGUUACCAGGGAAGCACACCCAACUAUUAUACGACCACCUGUCCCGAAGCGAGGCCGGCGUGCUUGCUCAGCUUAGAACAGGCAUGGCCAAGCUCAACACAUACCUGCAUCGCAUCAAAGCAGCACCGUCAGACCAGUGUACGUGUGGACAAGCCAGAGAGACAGUGAACCACUUCCUCUUCCGAUGCAAGCAAUGGGAUCAACACCGUAGGGAGAUGCUGCAAUGUACGGAUGUCCACAGGGGGAACCUCUCCUUCUACCUGGGAGGAAAGUCGCCCUCGGAUGACAAGGACUGGUCCCCCAACAUGCGGGCGGUGCGGGCGACGAUACGUUUUGCCAUUGCCACAGGUCGUCUGAGGACUGAACAACAACAGAAUGAAGCAAACUAA